AUGGCUACCUAUGGCGGAGCUUCUUGCACGAUCCCUACGUCUGCCCCUGGUGCCUCAACACUAUGCACAGCACAAUCCAAUGGUUUCUGCCUGAUCGACACUUUAGACAUUGCCAACGCCAGGUCGGCGGGUGUCUGUGUUUGUUACUCUGGCUACUCUGGAGAUAAAUGCCAAACCCAAGCAAGUACGUCUUCCUCGAACACAAAUAAUGCUCUCGGCGCAUUGGCGUUAGGUGGUUUAGGGGCCUAUCUCCUCACACAGCUAAUGUCUGAAGGGAGCGGCGGUUCACAUCCAGGAAAUCAACUCUAUGCAGACAAUCUACUAUACGGCGAUUCACAUCCAGGAAAUCAACUCUAUGCAGACAAUCUACUAUACGGAAAGGACCUCCAUGGAUAG